GGGAAGCAAGGAAGAGGAGGAAGUCUGCACUACCCUUCACCCCUCUGCAGUCCUGUUCAGGGAGCCAAGCCCGUAGACCCAGCAGAGAGGGAAACAGGUGGGCGUGGCCAGGUGAGAGCGGGAGGCAUCAGAGCGUAAUGGCUCCUUUCACUUUAUCAACGGGCCGUUGUUUGACCUCUUAAGAAGAACUCAUGACCUUACCUUUUAAAGAUUUGUUCAGGACUAUCCCCCAGGCUCAUUCAAGAACCAUGAAUUAACUUAAUGUUGUAACUUUCAAAUGCAUUUUCAUGUUCCUUUAGUUUCUGAUCAUUGGACCUUAACAUAUUGAAGUUUGAAGACACAUUUGUACCAAGCUCCCCCUAAUGUUUGGCUGUAAAACGGUACAGAUAAGAAUAGGGAGGGUGAAUGCACUGUGAUAGGGGACACGAUGUGGUAAGUGAUAGGGGAGACCCCAUGCUGAGAGAGAGAAAGAGGGAGGGAGCGAGAGAGAGAGAGAGUGAGAGGGGGAAGAGAAGCAAAGGAAACCAAAGACUUUAUGUGAGACGAAGAAUUUAUUAGACUUUAUAUCGCACUGAAGAGGAUAAGAAAGAACAAAUUCAAUAAAGGAAUAUCAAGGAAUUACUAAGGCUUUACAUAACAUUACGUAGGGUUAAAUAGAGUGACGCAGCGACAGAAAGACAAGUUAAGGCGUGGAUGGAUGAGUUUGAGUAAAAGGGAGAGAGGAAAAGUAAAUGAGGAUGGAAUUAAUGGACGAAUCAGAAGUAGACAGAGACGUGCAUGUGUAGUGAGUAUUGUGCUAAUUACAACCACUAAUGAGUUUGAGGAAUUUACGUAUUUACUUUGAAUGCAUCUCUUAAUUCAUUUUCAUAACCAGGACUUACGAUGUCACAAGAACGCUUACCUCUGAUUGGAUCUUCGAAAAAAAAGAGUGCAGCCAAGGCCUCAAGCUCCGCCUCCGCUGCUCCCCAGCGCCCCCCCCUGGCCGGACUGAGACGGCGCAGCAGCCGGCCGUCCCAGCCCACCCCCUCGUCCUCCUCCCACCCCCUCUCUCACGCCUUCCUCCACGCCGACACCUCCAUCACCCCCUGGGGAGGGCUCUCCCUCUCCGAGUCCUCCUUCACCUCCAUCCCUCCUCCUCCUCCCCCCCCUCCCCCUCUUCCUCCACCUCCCCCCCCUCCCCCUCCCCCUCCUCCUCCUCCCCCAACUCCGGUCCAACCUCGCCUGCACCCGCCUGCCCCCCCGUCCCGUCCCGCGGCGCCCCCCUCUCGCCACGGGCGGCGCGGGGUGGGCAGAGAGGGGGGAGGUUCGAAUCCCUGCUCCCCUUCCUUGUUGCACCGCGUGUCGGCCCAGAUGGAGAGCCCAGGGAGGGAGGCCAGGGAGUUACGGGCCAGGCGGAGGCCUGUUCCGCGCAUGCCCCGCCUCCCCCCGCUGCGUCCAAUCACCAGCCUCAGCUUCACGCGCAGCUUUACCUUUUCCUUUUUCGAGCUGCCGGUCCACCAGACGGCCAGCUGUCGCGCCGAGGGGGUCCGCCACGUCAUGCUCCUGCUGAGGCAGAUGCAGUACUGAGCCCUGGGUUGGCUCUCCCUCUCUCUGUGGGUCACAGUGGGGCUUGUACCAGGGUCGAGGUUUCACAUCAACGUUAGCUUUUGGUGGGGGUCUCCAAAUCAGAUGCUAACAAGACAACCCUGUUAUCCAUCGCCUGUCUCCCAGUGUUAGAC